UCUGUUUACUUCGCUCCUCGACUCCUCUGGUAGGAAAGUGGCUGCAGCAGUCCGCGUCCAAACAAUGGCGACAGAUAUGGAAAGAUUCGUGUCCUUCGAGGAGGCUCAUUACGAUCAGUACGACUAUUACAACCUGCGUGAAUACUCGUGUCACGCCUGCGGGAAAGGCAGAAGCAAGAGGGAGAUCGAGCUCAACACAAACCGUCAUUGCCCCUCCGGACACGAGAGGAAGAUAGCAGAAAAACUUCACAACAGCCAAAUGAAACGCAGGAGAGCCAAGAGCUUGUCGUCUUGAUGGAUUUGCUCUCGGUGUGUACAGGUAAAGGUAUGCUUUGAAGGUCUGAGUGGGGGGCUUUAUCAGCCUCAUUCCUUUAUGUGUCCAACAAACCGCCUCUGGGUGGAAAAAUAAACCUCCUGCUUGAUGUUUGCACAAGUCGAUCCCUGCAGUAAACCCACAGAGGUGUGUGUGUGUGUGUGUGUGUGUGUGUGUGUGUGUGAGGUGAGGUGAACAGAACAAUGCUGCUGUUGUUAGGAUCUCUGUAAUCUAUGCAUGACAUAUUUAGUGUGUUUUACUAAACCUAUGAGGUCACCCAGUUACAGAGGGAUGUGUAAAACUAGCACGUUUAACAGAUAGAGAGAGAGAGAGAGACUUUAUUAAUCAUUUGCAGGUAAUUACACAGUCACAGCAGCUGCCAUCAGUCAAGACAAAAUAUUAAAGGUCACAUAUCCUCCUCCUCUUCAACCCAGUUUAAAUAAGUGUCAGAGCUCCUCAAAACAUGUGUGUGAAGUUUUUUGUUCUAAAUCCACUCUGAUCCUGUAUUUGAUCAUGUCUAUAAACCCCUCUAUUUAUCUUUUGGGGGGGGGUAGCUGAGAGAACUCCCUGAUUCCCCGCCAGCCUGACGUCAUCUUUCUGUUAUUGUUUUGAUUGAGAGCCCCCUGGGGGUGGUGGUGGGAUUUACAGACUGUGCGUUUAAACUGAUGCAUUAACAUUUUCCUCCGAUGUCUCCACAGAUCUGGACGUAGGUUUGUUUUUACUGACGUUGACCGCGGCCCCCCCCCCCUCCCGCCUUCCCUGACCCAGUGAAUCGGGUGCUGUGACCCCACGGGGAUCACGUCGAUUCACCUGUCACGAGACGGCUCUUCAUUCCUCCACCCUGUAACAGUGACUCUGAAAUUACAGCUGUGUGCAGAGAUAGUUAGUGUUGAGCUUUGUAGGUCAGUAGUGUGAGUGUGAGAAACAUAUCGAUGAAUAACGUUAUGUCUGUCGGUGCAAUAUAUUGUGUUUUAUUUCAGAUCAAUAAAAAAUGAUGUUGACUAAA